CCGCGCGCGGCCGCCGGCGCUCCGGGAUCUCGAGGUAGCCUCAGCUCUCGCGAUUUUUCCGGAGCCGCCCCUCCACGCGGAGUCCAAGCGCGUGUGCUGAGACCCGAGGGUUGGGAGGGCGGAGACUGGGAGGGCGGGAGAAGCCCCUUUGGCCUGCCCUACGGAAGCCUGCGAGGGAGGGUGGUGUCCACUGCCCAGUUCCGUGUCCCGAUGCCCAGCGCCAGCGCCAGCCGCAAGAGUCAGGAGAAGCCGCGGGAGAUCAUGGACGCGGCCGAAGAUUAUGCUAAAGAGAGAUAUGGAAUAUCUUCAAUGAUACAAUCACAAGAAAAACCAGAGCAAGUUUUGGUUCGGAUUAGAGACUUGACAGUACAAAAAGCUGAUGAAGUUGUUUGGGUGCGUGCAAGAGUUCAUACAACCAGAGCUAAAGGGAAACAGUGCUUCUUAGUCCUACGUCAGCAGCAGUUUAAUGUCCAGGCUCUUGUGGCAGUGGGAGACCAUGCAAGCAAGCAGAUGGUUAAAUUUGCUGCCAACAUCAACAAAGAGAGCAUUGUGGAUGUAGAAGGUGUUGUGAGGAAAGUGAAUCAGAAAAUUGGAAGCUGUACACAGCAAGAUGUUGAGUUACAUGUUCAGAAGGUUUAUGUGAUCAGUUUGGCUGAACCCCGCCUGCCCCUGCAGCUGGAUGAUGCUGUUCGGCCUGAGGCAGAAGGAGAAGAGGAAGGAAGAGCUACUGUUAACCAGGAUACAAGAUUAGACAACAGAGUUAUUGAUCUUAGGACAUCAACUAGUCAGGCAGUCUUCCGUCUCCAGUCUGGCAUCUGCCAUCUCUUCCGAGAAACUUUAAUUAACAAAGGUUUUGUGGAAAUCCAAACUCCUAAAAUUAUUUCAGCUGCCAGUGAAGGAGGAGCCAAUGUUUUUACUGUGUCAUAUUUUAAAAAUAAUGCAUACCUGGCUCAGUCCCCACAACUGUAUAAGCAAAUGUGCAUCUGUGCUGAUUUUGAGAAGGUUUUCUGUAUUGGACCAGUAUUCAGAGCAGAAGACUCUAAUACCCAUAGACAUCUAACUGAGUUUGUUGGUUUGGACAUUGAAAUGGCUUUUAAUUACCAUUACCAUGAAGUUAUGGAAGAAAUUGCUGACACCAUGGUACAAAUAUUUAAAGGGCUUCAAGAAAGGUUUCAGACUGAAAUUCAAACGGUGAAUAAGCAGUUCCCAUGUGAGCCAUUCAAAUUUUUGGAGCCAACUCUAAGACUAGAAUAUUGUGAAGCAUUGGCUAUGCUUAGGGAAGCUGGAGUCGAAAUGGGGGAUGAAGACGAUCUGAGUACACCAAAUGAAAAGCUGUUGGGUCAUUUGGUAAAGGAAAAGUAUGAUACAGAUUUUUAUAUUCUUGAUAAAUAUCCAUUGGCUGUAAGACCUUUCUAUACCAUGCCUGACCCAAGAAAUCCUAAACAGUCCAACUCUUACGAUAUGUUCAUGAGAGGAGAAGAAAUAUUGUCAGGAGCUCAAAGAAUACAUGAUCCUCAGCUGCUAACAGAGAGAGCUUUACAUCAUGGAAUUGAUUUGGAGAAAAUUAAGGCUUACAUUGAUUCCUUCCGCUUUGGAGCUCCUCCUCAUGCUGGCGGAGGCAUUGGGUUGGAACGAGUUACUAUGCUGUUUCUGGGAUUGCAUAAUGUUCGUCAGACCUCCAUGUUCCCUCGUGAUCCCAAACGACUCACUCCUUAAAGCCACACUUUGCCAGUGAACUCCAGUGUGGAUGACAGAGCGUGACCCUGCCUCAAAAAAAGAAAGAAAGCCACACUUAACUCUUUCCAGUAACCUGCUAUUGCACAGGCUGUACUUUAGGUACUUAAAAUAUGCACUAGAACGAAUUUGCAAGACCCGAAAGUAUCACUGUUAUUUUUGGAGUAAUUCAGUAUAAAUUCCUUUAAAAGAGAGAUUUUUAUAACUUCAGACAUGCAUCAGUAGGAAAUACUUGAGAAAUUCAUAUGGUUAUGUUAAAAAUUCAUAUUCUGUUACUGCAGUAAAUGUUAACAAGAGUUUUAAACAGUUAAGAUUGUACGAUUUUUUUUCUUUAUAUUACAAGGACCCUAGUGUUAAUGUCUUAGAUUUUCAGUAUUUGAACUUAUUUUUAAAUUCUGACAUUGAGAUAAGAAUAAUUCAGAUAGUAUCUGAAAUUUUAAUGAAUGUGUAAUUGGCAUAUCAUGGAAAAUUAGCGAGAAAAUAGCAGUUCUUAAAAGUUAAGCCUAGAAAUUAUGUAAAGCAGGCGAAAAUGCUGGUUAGAAAGUAUUCAGUGUAAUAAUUGUAUUAAAUUGUUAAAUUCUAAAAUUGAAUUUCAAUAAAAUUUUAAAGCUAA